GGGGAGGGGGAGGUGGUGGCGGCGGCGUGGCGCGGAACCCUAACCCUAGGGGCGGGAUAUAUUAGAUGCUGGGGGGAGGCGGCGGCGGGGGCGGUGGUGGUGGCGCGGGCCUGGGCCUCGACCUCUCGGCGGUGAUCCGGGCGGCGGUGGUCGGCCUCGUGCUCUUCUCGGCGGCCGUCGUCGCCGUGCGCCGCGCCGCGUCGAGGUACUUCGUCAUGUUCGCCGCCUCCUGCGACGAUCACCACCAACACCACCACCACAGUGACAGUCCGGGCUCCUACCGGAUGCCGCCUCGCGGGGAGCAACAGCAGCUGCAGGGCGCGGGGGCGCAAGCCGCCAGUCGGGGCGGGGAGCCCUGCGCCGCGUGCGGCUGCAUCGCCACCAAAAAGUGCUCCGGGUGCAAGCGCGUGCGGUACUGUUCUCAAGGAUGUCAGUCAAAGCAUUGGCAAUCUGGUCACAAAUUCAAGUGCAAACAAAUGAAAAAAUCAAGUCCUGCUGACAAGCUAUCAAGUGGAGACGAGGAAGACAGAAAUAAAUCAUCUGUUUUCGGUCCCAUCUCAUUAGUGCCCAUCCGUAGAAAAUUAAACAAGGUCAUCUUUCCUUACGAUGAAUUUUUAAAACUUUGCAACUGGAGGGACCUUGAUUAUUUACCUUGUGGCCUUUUGAAUUGUGGAAACAGUUGCUUUGCCAAUGUUGUUUUACAAUGUCUUUCAUGUACGAGACCACUUGCAGCCUAUCUUUUAGGAAUGGACCAUAGCAGGGAAUGUUAUAAGAGACAUGAAGAUUGGUGUUUCUUGUGCGAACUGCAAUGUCAUAUCCAAAAAGCAAGUGAAAGUAUACAUCCAUUUGCCCCUAAGAACAUUCUUUCUCACCUGCCAAAUAUAGGUGGGAACCUUGGCUUUGGUAGACAAGAGGAUGCUCAUGAAUUCAUGAGGUUUGCAAUAGAUAAGAUGCAAUCUGCUUGUCUUGAUGAAUUUGGAGGUGAGAAAGCUGUAGACCCUAGCACGCAAGAGACGACUCUUAUUCAGCACAUAUUUGGUGGUCGUCUGCAAUCCCAGGUUCAAUGUACCUCAUGUGGAAUGGUCUCGAAUCGCUAUGAGAAUAUGAUGGACUUGACAGUUGAAAUUCAUGGUGACGCUGACUCCUUGGAAGAAUGCUUAGAUCAGUUUACUGCAGUAGAGUGGCUUGAUGGUGAUAACAAGUACAAAUGUGAUGGAUGCAGCGACUAUGUCAAAGCACAGAAACGGCUUACAGUUUAUCAAGCUCCAAAUAUACUCACAAUUACUCUUAAACGAUUCCAGAGUGGUAGAUUUGGGAAACUGAACAAGAGAGUUACAUUCCCAAUGAAGUUAGAUCUAACGCCAUACAUGAGUAGCACCGAUGGAAGUGACCAAUAUGAUCUCUAUGCUGUUGUUGUUCAUCUGGAUAUGCUCAAUGCCUCAUUUUUUGGGCAUUAUAUAUGCUACAUAAAAAAUUACCGAGGACGCUGGUACAAAAUUGAUGAUUGCAAGGUUAUGGCUGUUGAUGAGGAGGAAGUACAUGCUCAAGGUGCUUAUAUGCUUCUAUAUAGCAGGAGAACAGCUCGUCCUAGGCCACUAAUUGCAGUAGAAGAACUUAUGAAACAUCAGCAACAGUUGAAAGUGUCCCAUCCGAAUGGACAAAAUCAUUUGAUACAAGAGGUUGUGCCAUUAGAAGGUGUGUCAUCUUUGAAACCUUCAGAAGAUCAGCAAGUUGAUUUUGAAUCCAACAACAUAUCUUUGCACCCACCAAUUUCAACAGUGCCGCUUGCCCUUGAUGAAAAUACAAGAGCAGAUUCAGGUUUUCCAUUGGAGGAUUCUACAACCAUGAGAUCUGUGCAGUUUGGCAACUCCACAUGUGAAACCUCUUUAGUCCAUUCCUCUGCAGAGCAGUGUGAAGCACGUGCCUCAUGUGUUGAUUCUGUUGACUACAUGGAAAUUGAUACUGAAGCAGGCGUUGAAGUUGAAAGAUGGAGCAGGCCUGUCUCAAGUGAUUUCACUGGAGUGAUGGACAAUACUACAUUGGUCCCAGCAUUGGAGAAUGGUUUUGCAGGGAAACCAAUACCCUCAAGAAUAAAUCCAUCUUUUGCAGAAGGAUAUCAAAUUGGUGACAACGGUGCUGGUUCCUCCCAAGAGUUGAAUGGUCAUUGCGAUAGAGAUUUCAGCUGCCCAGAGCAAGGCGGUAUGACCAACAGUGGCAACACAUCCUCUCCAAGCACACAAUGCUAUGGAAAUAAGUUUGCAACAUCCACCAAUGGCAAUUAUUCUAUUAGAAAUGGUGAUACAUUAUCUAGCAGCAACUCCUUACAUGUGGGCAAGCAGAAUGUUGGCUUUAAUGGUUUUAAUCCAAAACCUUACACUGAACCAUCAGGCAGCAACGCAGAUCUGAAUAAAUGUACCCCAAACCUGCCAGCAAAAGAUUCCCAAGGGGACAUGCCAUUCUUACAUCAUGGCUUCCUUCUAAGGCAUUGUUCUAGCGAAAAAGCAGGCAAACGUGAUGAUGGCUUGCCAUUCAAUAAUGCCACAUCAUCAUCCUUCAUGAGUAGCAAAUCAAGUAAUAUUUCAUCUUCUCAAAACGGGGGAGGCAAAGCAUUCUCCUCUCCUAGUUUUCAUGCAAAACAUUGCAGGGAGGCAGCUGCCACGGACACCUCUGCAAGCCCUGUGCAUGACGUGAAAACGAACUAUAACAUUUCCUUGGAGCAAAAAUCUAAUGGUGCUGCAGUAUCAUCAGACCUGAUAAAAGAAAGUUGGAGUCCAGAUUGCACGACUUUUGGCACUUUUUACCAACAAAGAGCAACUUCCGGUGAUAAUGCCAGCAGCCGCCCUGAUGAAAAUGGGCAUGCGACUUUUGUUGCCAAGAAUUUCAGUCAUGAAGGAGAAAAUGGAAGUAAUGGAAUUGUUGAUUUGAGAGGCGGCAUUAACCAAAGGGAUGGCAUAGGAUCUAAAAUAACUGACCAAGUCGAUUUCAUCUCUGAUGCACUUGAACAUGAUAGUCUUCGGCGAAGAAUAACUUCAAAUUUUCCUGAUCAGAAUGGUAUUGAUGCUCAAUAAAUGGUGGUGCAGCACUGGAGCGCAUAAACUGGAAGUCUAUUACCUCAAAUUGCCUGGGUUGAAGGGAUGUUGACCUACGAGCUGGAAAUUAAAGAACCCCUGCUCUCAUAUUGGUUGGUUGAUUCAAUUGAUUACUUGAAACUGUAAUUGGAGCAAACAUUGUUUGCUUGGAUAGUAAUUUUGCCUCUUUUCCACAUGGCUUCCUCCUGUGAGGUGGAGGGGUGUCUCUGGGUUUCCACACAAUUUGCAGAAGCUCAGAUGCUCCCCUGAUUCCAUGUUCUUGUUGCCUUUAGGGUACAUAGCAGAUUGUAGGCUUACCUUUUCCCACCAUGUUGGUGGAUCCAUAGCUCAAAUAAACUCGGACGCUGACUCAAUUGUUAAGAAAGCUGAAUCAAUUGUAGAGUGAUAAAAGAGGAAAUUCUGAUCGCUUUCUUCA